GCCAUCGCCCAAUUCCUUGAAAAGAGAGCUGGGGCAUCAUGUCUCUACACCAAUUGAUCCGACCAGUGGUGCGAUCGCGCAUCCCCACCACCACCACCACCACCACAAUCCCUGCAACAGCAUCAUCAUGCUGCCUCCCCCCGCGGCGCAACUACGCCAUGCAGACGCCCGGCAACCCAGUGAUGGAGAUCUUCAACCGACGAGUCAAGCACCUUCAGAAGGAGCGGGCGGCGCAGAACGUCGACGAGAGCCGAAAGACCGAUUACCUCAAGGAUGAAGUGGCGAUGCGAUUAUGUGAACGAUUGCUGGACAUCAAACGCACCUUCCCACAAGUCCUGGACCUCGGCGCAAACAGCUGCAACAUCGCGCGGGCGCUGACGACCCCACUCCCGGACGAGACCUCGCCCACCGGCACCGCCGAAGCGCUGGCCCACCGCAUCUCGCACCUGACCUGCAUCGACACGAGCGCGGCGCUCCUGAACCGCGAUCUGGCCCUCCCCUUCAACUCCUCCCUCCCGAUCACGCGCCAAGUGGUGCCGGACCUGGAAACGCUCCCCUACGCCGCGAACAGCUUCGACGCGGUCCUCUCCUCCCUCAGCAUCCACUGGAUCAACGACCUGCCCUCCCUCCUGGCGCAGGUCAACAAGAUCCUCAAGCCCGACGCGCCCUUCAUCGCCGCCAUGUUCGGCGGCGACACGCUCUUCGAGCUGCGCACGUCGCUGCAGCUCGCGGACCUGGAGCGGCGGGGCGGGGUGAGCCCGCAUGUUUCGCCGCUGGCGGACGUGCGGGACGUCGGCGGGUUGCUGAACAAGGCCGGGUUCAAGAUGCUGACGGUCGAUGUGGAGGAUAUCGUGGUGGAGUUUCCGGAUACGUUUGCGCUGAUGCGGGAUCUGCAGGCGAUGGGGGAGGGGAAUGCGAUCCUGCAUCGGGAGAUGGCGCCGCUGUCGCGCGAGGUGCUGUUGGCCAAUGAGGCGAUCUAUCGGGCGUUGCAUAUGGAGGACGGGGCGAGGGGGGUGCCGGCGACGUUUCGGUUGAUCUACAUGAUUGGGUGGAAGGAGGGGGAGGGCCAGGCGAAGCCGUUGGAGAGGGGCAGUGGGCAGUUGAACUUGAAGGAUAUUCUUGGGGGUGGGGAUUUUGAGCAGAAGUGA